AUGAGUCGUAAAAAGAGGGGUCGUGCAGCAAAAAAUGCUAGACAAAAAUUUCCUCCACACUAUGAAACCGAUGAAGUCAAACGAGCACCACACGUUUUGGUAUUUAAACGUGGAAAUACCGGUAGUAAUGUUAAAGAAUUAGUGAAAGAUAUGCGUCGAGUCAUGGAACCAUUUACAGCACCACAUUUAAAAGCAAAUAAAAAGAACUCGUUAAAAGAUUUUAUUGCAAUUAGUAGCCAUUUUCAUGUAUCGCAUUUAAUAACAUUUUCUAAAACUCAAUUAUCGACAUAUAUGCGUUUAAUUCGAGUUCCACGCGGUCCAACAUUAAUUUUUCGAAUAAGAAAAUUUACUCAUAGUCGAGAUAUUGUUUCCUCAUUGAAACGUCCACAAACAUUUCCCAAACAAUUUGAACAUGCACCAUUACUUGUGAUGAACGGUUUUGCCAAUUUGAAUGAUUCCGUACAUAUUAAAUUAACUACCACAAUGUUUCAAAAUAUGUUUCCAUCAAUCAAUGUUACAACAGUUGAUUUAAGUACAAUUAAACGAUGUGUAUUACUUUCACUAGAUCCACUUAAUGGUUUAAUGGAAUUUCGACAUUAUAAUGUCAAAAUAUUACCAACUGGAAUAUGUCGAGCAGCAAAAAAACUUUUACAAGGAAAAGUACCCGAUUUAUCUCGUUUUAAUGAUAUUAGUGAUUUCAUGUACAAAGAGGGUAAUGCAUCUGAGAGCGAAGGCGAAAUGGAUGAAGGCGAAGAUAAUAAAGUUAUGGUAUCGCAACAAUUACAAAGCCGUGGAAAUUUAAAAUCGAAUCAAAGCGCAAUUCGACUCACUGAAAUUGGUCCACGUAUGACAUUAGAAUUACUUAAAAUUGAAGAAGGUUUGUGUGAUGGUGAAGUAUUGUAUCAUACGUAUGUUAAAAAAACACCAGAAGAAAUUCAAGAUCUCAGAAAGAAAAAUGCUGAUAAAAAACGUGUGAAAGCAAAUCGAAAACGAGAACAAGAAUUGAAUGUUGCGAAAAAAAUGAAAAAGAAAAAAUUGAGUGCAGGAGAGAAUUCUGAUAAAGUAGAACCAGAAAUUGAAUCCGAUUGGGAGGAUUAUUAG